AUGUGGACUGGAGUAGUAAUUUUUGCCUUUUAUCAAAUACUCCAUGUCUCUUCAAUACCACCAUUGCUCAGUUCUGCCGUAUCCGAGAUCGGACCGGCCGUGCAGAAAGCUAUUUCCAACGAGGAUGCCAGGCUCAACUUCACUGCGCUCGCGGGGAAGUAUGGGUACCCGACGGAGACACACACGGUCGUGACCGAGGACGGGUACAUCCUCACUGUGUUCCGCCUGGGGCGCGCGGGGGCGGCGGGGUGCGCGGGGGGCGCGCGGCCGCCGCUGCUGCUGGUGCACGGCCUGUUAGACAGCUCCGACACGUACAUAGUUGCGGGCCCCGGCGUGGGCCUCGGCUAUGUGCUAGCCGACGCCGGCCACGACGUGUGGUGCCUCAACCACCGCGGCAACCGCUACUCGCGCCGCCACGUCACCCUCGACCCUGACGCGGACAAUCAGUACUGGAACUUCACUCGCGACGAGCACGGCGCGCGAGACCUGCCCGCCGUCGUCGACUACAUGAUCGACGUCACAGGCUCCGUCACAAUUAACUACAUCGGACACUCGCAGGGCACCACCGACUUCUUCAUCCUCAAUUCCGCGCGCCCUGAGUAUAACUGCAAGUUCAACCUGGCCAUCUGCCUCGCGCCCGUGGCGUGGCUUCACCACAUCGCCACCGAAUCGCUUCAGACUUUAGCCAAGAUCGGGCCAGAAAUCAAAUUAGCUGCGGAUGUAGCGGGUUUAAAAGAGUUUGGGGCUCACGGUAAAUUGACCAAUAUAGCGGCUUUAGGUGGCUGCGAGCUUUCGCCGAAUGCUUUGUGCGAUGCAGUGAUAAAUGAGUUGACGGGUUCGCAUGCGGAGCGAAUAGGUGCGAAUACGUUGGCGACGGCGCUGGGGCAUUACCCGGCGGGCACGUCCUUGAAGAGCCUUCUCGGGUACGGACAGGGGGUGAACGUGGACUCGUUCUCGCGGUUCGACCACGGGGAGGCGGGGAACCUGGCGGCGUACGGCUCGUGUGCCGCUCCGCAGUACGACGUGCGUCGCGUGAGUGCUCCCGUGGCGCUUAUUUGCGCGGACGGCGACAAGCUGUCGGUGCGGCGCGACGUGGCGAGACUCCUGCAUCGACUGCCCAACGUCGUCGCCUUUCAUCUCAUACCGGACCCAGACUGGGGACACGUCGACUACGUCUGGGGCGACAGGAUCCCCACUGUGCUCAUGCCGAAAAUACAUGAGUAUUUAAAUAAUUAUUAA